UACGUUGAUGUCCCACGGCAACCCACCCUCAGCAGCAGUAUUGGACGCCUUGUCGAAGCUGUGUAGUGACCCUAGGAAUACGGUGGUCAUUUUGAGCGGGCGGGAGAAGUCUUUAUUACAGGAGUGGUUCGGAUCUGUCCGCAACAUUGGUUUAGCCGCAGAGCAUGGGUACUACUGGAAACUGCCACCUAACA